AUGUUACCGGACGGAUGUACCAACAAAGUUGAGAAGGAUGGAACCAAUAUAGUUGAGAAGGAUGGAACCAAUAUUGCUGAGAAGGAUGGAACCAAUAUAGCUGAGAAAGAUGGAACCAAUAUAGCUGAGAAGGAUGGAACCAAUCUAGCUGAGAAGGAUGAUGGAACCAAUAUAGCUGAGAAGGAUGGAACCAAUAUAGCUGAGAAGGAUGUAACCAAUAUAGCUGAAAAGGAUGGAACCAAUAUAGAUGAGAAGGAUGGAAUCAAUAUAGCUGAGAAAGAUGAAACCAAUAUAGCUGAGAAGGAUGGAACCAAUAUAGCUGAGAAGGAUGGAACCAAUAUAGCUGAGAAGGGGAACCAAUCUGAGAAGGAUGGAACCAAUAUAGCUGAGAAGGAUGGAACCAAUAUAGCUGAGAAGGGUGGAACCAAUUUAGCUGAGAAGAAAGGAAUCAAUGUAGCUGAGAAGAAUGGAACCAAUAAAGCUGAGAAGGAGGGAACCAAUGAUGGAACCAAUAAAGCUGAGAAGGAUGAAACCAAUAUAGCUGAGAAGGAUGGAACCAAUGUAGCUGAGAAGGAUGGAACCAAUGUAGCUGAGAAGAAAGGAAUCAAUGUAGCUGAGAAGAUUGGAACCAAUAAAGCUGAGAAGGAUGGAACCAAUACAGCUGAGAAGGAUGGAACCAAUGUAGUUGAGUAUGAGGAGAAUAAAGAAUGUAAGUUUUAA